AUGAGACUCGCACCUCUCACCCUCGGGCUCUUCAGGGCCCUCCCCUCGUCCCAAACCAUAGCGUCACCAACCACUUAUACAGCGCACAACAUCUCCGUCCCCAUUGACCACUUCCACAACGAAACCCGGUACGCGCCACACACCAACAACACAUUCAACCUGCGCUACUGGUUCGACGCCUCGCACUACGCACCAGGUGGUCCCGUCUUUAUCAUCGCCGCCGGCGAAACCAACGGCGAGGACCGUUUCCCGUUCCUCUCCCAAGGAAUCGUCACGCAGCUGGCAGAGGCAUACAGUGGCCUCGGCGUUAUCCUCGAGCAUCGCUACUACGGCGAGAGCUACCCCUUUGAAAACCUCACCGUUGAGAAUAUCCGCUUCCUCUCGACGGACCAGGCCCUCGCGGAUUAUGCGUAUUUCGCGCACAACGUCGUCUUUCCCGGGCUUGAGGAUCUCGACCUCACUGCUAGCAAUGUGCCAUGGAUCGCCUACGGCGGCUCCUAUGCCGGUGCAAUGGUCGCUUUCCUCCGGAAACUCUACCCAGAGACCUUCCUCGGCGCCGUCUCGUCGUCCGGUGUAACAGCCGCGAUAAUCGACUACUGGGCGUACUUUGAGCCGAUCCGCAACUACGGACCGGCGCAGUGCAUCGACGCGAUUCAGACGCGGACGGAUCUAGUCGAUAGACUGCUCAUUGGGAAUCCAAAAAACGAGACGCUACACGCGCAGCUGCAGGCGUCCUUCGGGUUCGCAAACCCAAUCAACAACACGGACUUUGUGAACCUCCUCUCGGGCCCGCUGGGUUCAUUCCAGUCGCGGAAUUGGGAUCCUGCCGUGGGCUCGUAUGAGUUCCGGCAUUACUGUGAUAACAUCACGGCGGCGGAGCCGCUGUACCCGCCGAAUAACGCCACCGCGCUUCUACCGGCUCUCGUCGCGGCCGCAGGGUAUGACGCCAGCAACGCGACGCUCCUCGCGAACCUGCGGAAUGAAAUCGGGUACCUGAAUCACACUGUCCAGUCGUACAUCGCGUCCUCCGAGACCCCCACCAACCAAUCCGUAUCCAACGGAUCCCUACCAAAGGACGCCGGCACAAGCUGGACAUACCAAGUCUGCACAGAAUGGGGCUACUUCAUGCCGGGCUCCACGGUCCCCUCCUCAAUCCGCCCCUUACUCUCACGGCUGAUCACCCUCGAGUACACGGCGAACGUGUGCCCCGAGACAUUCAACAUCACCGCCCCACCGGACGUCUCGCAGAUCAACAAACACGGCGGGUUGCGCUUCUCGUAUCCGCGCGUUGCGAUCCUCGGCGGGGUCGCGGAUCCGUGGCGCGAUGCGACGCCGCAUGCCGAGGGUCUGCCGGGACGGGUCUCGACGGAUGAUGAGCCGUUUCUUCUGUUGGAUGUUGCCGCUGAGAAGGUGUGGGAUGGGAUCCGGGGGGGCGUGCAUCAUUGGGACCAGAACGGGUUGUCGGCUGAGGAUGUUGGGGAGGGGCAGAAGGCGCCGCGGGCGGUUGUCGAGUUGCAGAGGGAGAUUGUGAGGUUUGUUGGCGGGUGGCUUGAGGAGUGGGAAGAGGAGAGGGGAGAGGGGGCGAGGGAUGCGUUGUGA